CCCGGCUCCCGCGGCGUUGGCCCCGGCGUUCGCGGGCAGACCUCCCCCCCACGGCCGCCCCCGCCCGGACCCCGCUCAGCCCCGAGGCUGCUGCCCAGAGCUUGGCGGCGCCCACUCCGCGGUCCCCCGGUCCGUUCGGCGCUGGGCGGCUGGUCCUCCUCGCGCGGACGCCCCGCUGCAGCCGCCUCUCCCCGGUGCCGCCCCGAGUCCCCCGCGCCCUCUUCCCUCCGAAGCUGCCCUCCACCCGCACCCCGGAUCUGGAAUCCCCCACCGGUUACGCGAGUCCAGAGGAUCCCUGCCCGCUUAGGGCGCGAGCAGGACCCUGCCCUGUCCCCUUCAACCCCCUCUUCCCGAGCUCCUUAGGACCCAGGACUGGGCCUGGGCUUCCACCCCUUAAGGAGUGAGGGUUCUGCCCGGUGUCAUCAGAAGUGGGGUGUUGGUGAGCCCACUGUCGUCAGAAACGGCAGCCUCAGCUCGCGUGGUUUCCUCUUUACCCUUUGACGUGGCUGCCUGUCUUAAGGGAGAGAGAAGAAACCAGGAAGGGGCUUUUAAAACUGUUUUCACUUUCUGUGGGUUUGGAAGAACUAUGCUUCGUGUCUGUUCUUUUAAACGCCUUAAUUACAGGCCACCAGUUCUAAGAAGUAACUCUGCUCAUUUUUUGCAGGUCUGAUUAAUAUUCCUGCCACGCUCUGUUAAUUUUAACAGCAAAGUUUGGCUCUAAAGUGACCCAGGGCAUCGAAGCUGUUAGCUUUGUUUAGGCAUCCCUUUCUGGGGCCGCAUCCCUCUCAGAGUUGAGAAGUUGUCUGUUCUUUAGGAGAAGGGGCUGCUGUUCUUAGACGUGGGUCCUUAGGUGCUUCAGACUCAGCAUUUCUGCCUGUCACUGUGUCACAGCCCUAGGGCUUGAGCAGUGUUCUUAAGCAUCCCUUUUGACCUCACCUAUUGCGAGUGUUCCAGCUUAACGGAUCCUGAGUUUUGAAGUCUCAGUGGCUUCCGAACUAAUACAAAGUGUCCUCGCUGGGUUUGAUGUUUACUGAAGUUAUGUGCACUUGCAGGAGGAGGGAUAGUUUUACAUCUUGGUUCAGGUGUUAAGAGUUCCUGGAUUAUUUUUCAAGCUUCACCUCAACAUAAAUUUCCACCUACACCGUGAGUAGGAAAGCUGGUCUACACAGUCCUCUUAAAUACAGUGGAGGAGGAAAGGGCUGGCGCUGGAAAGGGCAGCCGUGCACACGUGUAGUUUCCUGUGGCUUACAGAGCGCUGUGUGUUCUCUGUGUAGUGAGGUAGAGGGAACAGCACACAGCUCCGUUCUUAUUGAGAGCAUCAUGGCCAGCCCAAGAACCAGGAAGGUUCUUAAAGAAAUCAGGGUGCAAGAUGAGAACAAUGUUUGUUUUGAGUGUGGUGCAUUCAAUCCUCAGUGGGUCAGUGUGACCUAUGGCAUCUGGAUCUGCCUGGAGUGCUCGGGGCGACACCGUGGUCUUGGGGUACACCUCAGCUUUGUGCGCUCCGUUACUAUGGACAAGUGGAAGGACCUUGAGCUUGAGAAGAUGAAAGUGGGCGGGAAUGCUAAGUUCCGAGAGUUCCUGGAGUCACAAGAGGAUUACGAUCCCUGUUGGUCCUUGCAGGACAAGUACAACAGCAGAGCCGCGGCCCUCUUCAGGGAUAAGGUGACCGCUCUGGCCGAAGGCAGAGAGUGGUCUCUGGAGUCGUCACCUGCCCAGAACUGGACCCCGCCUCAGCCCAGGACACUGCCGUCCACGGUGCACCGAGCCUCUGGCCAGCCACAGAAUGUGAUCGCCUCCUCGGACAAGGCUUUUGAAGACUGGCUGAAUGAUGACCUAGGCUCCUAUCAAGGGGCCCAAGGGAAUCGCUAUGUGGGGUUUGGGAACACACCACCACCUCAAAAGAAAGAAGAUGACUUCCUCAACAAUGCCAUGUCUUCCCUGUACUCGGGCUGGAGCAGCUUCACCACUGGAGCCAGCAGGUUUGCCUCAGCAGCCAAGGAGGGCGCUACAAAAUUUGGAUCCCAAGCAAGUCAGAAGGCGUCCGAGCUGGGCCAUAGCCUGAACGAGAACGUCCUCAAACCUGCUCAGGAGAAGGUGAAGGAGGGAAAGAUUUUUGAUGAUGUGUCCAGUGGGGUCUCUCAGUUGGCAUCCAAGGUCCAGGGAGUCAGCAGUAAGGGAUGGCGGGAUGUCACCACCUUUUUUUCAGGGAAAGCAGAAGGCCCCUUGGACAGCCCCUCUGAGGGCCACAGUUACCAGAACAGCGGUCCAGACCACUUCCAGAACAGCUCCAUAGACCAGAGCUUCUGGGAGACCUUCGGGAGCACUGAGUCUGCCAAGGCCCGGAAGUCCCCGAGCAGCGACAGCUGGACCUGCGCGGACACCUCCACGGAGAGGAGGAGCUCCGACAGCUGGGAGGUGUGGGGCUCAGCCUCCACCAACAGGAACAGCAACAGUGAUGGUGGGGAGGGUGGGGAGGGCGCCAAGAAGGCGGUGCCGCCGGCUGUGCCUGCCGACGAUGGCUGGGACAACCAGAACUGGUAGGGCCACCGCAGCCCCGUCCCCAGCGCUCUGGGUGACUUCGUGUUUGCACUCUGCCCUCGUUCUCCUUCCCUUUGACCCAAGAAGCAGUGACCGCAGUGUGAGGACAGCAUCUUGGGAGGCAGGACUCUGGGGAGACGGGUUCGUGCCACCUGUCCACCGUGGGGUCUCGGUGCGUGGGACGGCUUGCUCUCCAUCCCCUGCGGGGGGCUGUCCCAUCCCACACUCCUUGGGCAUUCUUGGACUCCAGCAGGGGCCCGGUGUGGCUUACUGGGAGGUGGGCUGCGGCACGGACCCUCACAACUGUGUUCCGGUGGCUGGUUUGACACAUUUUCUCCAGGGUCAGGGACCAGUCACGUGCCAUGCUGUCAGCGAUGAAAGGAGCCGAGUCUCGUGGAGAUGUUUAACUCUGGGUUUGCUCUAGUUCUUUCUUUGAAGAAAGUGACUGCAGUGGUAAAGAUGGCAAUGCUGAAGGAGACACUGGCGCUCACACUGCCACUGACCACCCUUGCUCCUGUGUCCACGCCUGCCUGGGCCCAUGUCGUUACCCCGAGUGGCUUCCCUGCAUCGGCCUCGUCCAGCCGCCACAUUCACUGGACACACCUCCCAACGGCCAUGCCUGAGCUGUUCUCAGUGCUGAAACUUGACUAUUCUGGAAUGCCCUGUUAAGACAAAGGAGUGCGGGGGGCCGGGUGGGCCCUCAGCCCCGGUGCAGUGGGGUGCGACAGUAGGAGGGGCUGAGCUAGAGUCACCUGUGUGCAGUGCCUGGGUCUGGAGAAGGUCCAGCUUCUCGUCAGCCCCCAGCAUGCAGCUGUGCUCAUGUCCCUCUGACACCCCCCUCUGGCUUCUCUGUCAUUUGAGUCUGGUUGGCUGCCUGGAGCCUGGCUGGCUUGAACCUGUUGGAUGGGGCUGCCCUGCAGCCUGGUGCCCACCCCAUGCUGACCUUCCCCAAGUACUGGAUGACAUGCCGCUGCAUGUGACUCAGUCUCUCUCAUCUGCUGUGUGUGACCCUCUGUCUUGGCCAGCUGUGCAUGUGCUGGAAGCUCGUGCAGUGUGUGAGGUGCUCUCCCCUGCCGCCAUGCUCCUCACUAUGGCCUCAGCCAUGCUCCCUGAUCACCCCACUUUCCAGCCGCCAUCCGCAGCGCUCCUGGAGCAGCCUGGCCCUUUAGCCCUGCGCACGUCCCACCUCAGGGAGUCGGCCACCUGCAGAACAGGAUGGGUCCUAGAUUUCAGGGAGCCCUCCUGGCACCCGCUCCUCCCUGUGGGCACCAACCCCCUUGGUAGCCAACCUGGAGGGCCUGUGCCUUUGGCUGCCACAGACUUGGUCACCAAAGCAGCCACCUGCUAUAGUUGGACCUGGGGUCAGAGGCUUGGGGUGCUGAGAGGCCUCAGGGCAAAGUGGCCAACACAGAGGUCACAGGAAGUCAGUCUUGGAGAGCGGAGCAUGAGGUCUUGGAAUGUCUUUCCUGAGCUGAGACUUGGGUGGCCUUGCGAUUUUCCCCAAGGGCUGCUUGGAUCCUGGUGGGCUGAGUGCUCUGAGGAGGGGUGCAUUCCAUCCUGGAACCCAAACUCUAUCCCCCCACCCCCUGGGAAGGUGCCUUGCUUGGGGGCAGGGUGACAGUCCCUUCUAAUGGAAAGUGCUGUCAGUGUUGGGAGGGGUUGGGGCCACCUUCGGAACGGGAUGUGGUGGCCAAGACACCUCCACAGAGGGUGAGGGCCUUUCCCUUCUGCAGGUGUGGGCAGGUGUCCCAGGACCUGUGGGCGCUGGGGCCUCGCCUGGCUGUGUGAGGGCCCAUGUGGAAGGCACAGACUUGACAGCUUUCCAAUAAAGCACAUGGGAGCACGA